AUGCACCCGUCUCAGCAACCUGUUUCCAUCUUCACAGGCCUCCUCACCGACCUCUUGACCUGCUUCAACACCUUCACGUCCCAGAUCUACGAGAACAUCAUGUUUGUGCGACUUCGCGACGUGCUGCUGUUCGGCACCGUCGCCCAUCGGGUGGUGGCUCAGGCUAACUGCUCCUCCCCAUCGACGACCUCCGUCGACUUGACGUGGCAUCCUCCCAAUGCCACCAAUGUCAAUAACCUGACCUUCGUCGUCAAUGGCACGGGGAUCAAUGGCUUCAUCUUCAACUCUUCCAUCACCCCAGCUUCGGUCACCUACAGCACGUACAACUGGUGCAACAUGCCACACACUCGUCGUCAAGAAUAUCCCCGCGUGGACCAGGGAUACACGUUGGAAUAUGUGGAGAUUAUUCACCGUCACCACAAGCGCACCCCGUACGCUUCCAACACGUUCCCCCGCGAAUCCUAUGCCUGGAAUUGUGACGACGAGGCUCUGUUCUUCUACGGCGCCCCAGAACCAGAUGGAUCCUCCGCUCAGGUCCACUGGCAAGUCUACACCUCUCCGUCCAACCCCUUGGCUCCACAGGGGUUCAAUGGAACGUGCCAAUUUCCGCAAAUCUCGGGCUCGGGUUUGAACGACUCUCGCCAACACGGUCGCGAUCUCUUCGGGGUGUAUCAUGACUUGCUUGGCUUUCUGCCUUCAUCCUAUAACUCCUCGCUCGUCAAGUACCGCGUCACGAACAAUGUCAUCACCUCCCAAGUUGCCGGUCAAAUCGUCGAGGGCGAGUAUUCUGGACGUCGGAACGCCCCCAUCUCCGUGCUCAUCCAGCCCGACAGUGUCGACAGCCUGGAGCCGGCCUACACAUGCUCUACAGCCAGCGACCUCUAUGCCGCGUACGGUGUGGGCAGUGACGCUGCGAACUGGACGCUGCACCUCAACGACUCGGUGUCGCUGUUUGAAAAGCUGGAUUCCGUGAGCGGCGUCAACAGCAGCGAUCCCGGCUGGCACAACUGGUUCGAUCACUACUUUGACAACCUCUCCGCGCGCCUGUGUCACCAAAAGCCCCUGCCGUGCCAGAUGGGCAACGCGUCGAAUUGCAUCACCGAGGCGGACGCCGAUGCCGUCUUCCGGAGAGGCCAAUACGAGUACUCGUUCAUCUACCGCGACAGUCCCUCGUCGCUGCCCGCGUCCACGGCGAGCUACGGCAUCUACAUGGCCGAGCUUGCACAGAAUCUCCGCGACGCCAUCAACCGCACGUCUCCCGUCAUCUACACGCACAACGUCGCGCACGACGGGUCCCUGUCCCGCCUGCUCAGCAUCCUGCAGGUCGACGUCAUGGUCUGGCCCGGCAUGGGCUCCGAGGUCGUGUUUGAGCUCUACUCCCGCCAGGGCUGUCACUAUCUGCGCGUGCUAUGGGGCGGCCAGGUGCUCCGGAGCUCGAACCCGAGUCUCGGCCUGAUGGAAUUGAUCCCCGUCCAGACAUUUCUGUCGUACAUCGAUGGGUUGGUUGGAGUGGGCGCGAGCCAAGUGCCCGGUCUCUGCGGAGGCUCGUAG